CUGCAACGAAGAGAGGGGCUAGCCGAUGAUGACGAUGAGGGGGAAAGACGAGAAGCGGUUCUGGCUUUUGAAGACGGAGGCAGCGGAGUGGUCGUGGGAGGACCAGGCAGCCAACGGCGGAUUAAGCAACUGGGACGGAGUGAAGAACAAGCAAGCCCAGAAGAACCUCAAGUCUAUGAGAAUUGGCGACCUCUGUUUCUUCUACCACUCCGGUGCCCGCGCCCGUCGGGUGGUCGGCGUCGUUACGGUGGCCAAAGAGUGGCACGAAGCGACUGGAGCGGUGGACGUGAUGGCCGUGGGGGAGAUGAGGAGGCCGGUGGACCUGAAAGAGAUGAAAGCCGAUGGUGGGUUGCAGGGUUUCGCGCUGUUCAGGCAGCCCAGGCUGUCGGUCGUGGCGGUGCCGGUGGAGGUUUGGGAGAGAGUUUGUGAACUGGGCGGUGGCUUCCAAGGAGAUGGCAAGGCCGCGGGCGGUGGCGAGGAGGAUUGAACGCUACCGGCUUCGGAGGCAAUUGGGAAGCCGUCUGCGUAUAUAUAUAUAUAUAUUAGUAGAUGCACCGCCUAGCUAGCUGCAACAUUUUCCCAAAAUCUCAUUCGAUGGAUGAUAAUUAGCUUUCUGAUGGAUUAUGCUUUGGUUUCACUCUUCAUUAUUGUGCCGCCACGGCCAUGGCAUGGGUAUCCCUACACUACGCCGUUUUCGCGGAAAGCAACAACCUUGACUAUGAUAAUAAAUAAAAUAAAAAAGUGAAGAAAACCUGGAAAACGUCUUUCUUACUAGUUUGCUUUCAUCGGCUGCGGCGGCGGAGCGGCCACUGCCGACUGCACUCCGUCGCUUCGGAGAAGUAAACGAGCGAAAAAUGAGCGGAUUAGCGACGCCUUGCUUUGGACGGCUCUCUACUCUGCGUUGGAUUAAAGGUGUGGACAUCCGGGGAUUCUCCUCGUCGGACUGCUCCAACCAAUCCCGCGGUGGGCUCCCUCGCUUCUUCUCCGAACAGCUUCCCUCUUCUAAGGGUGCUGUUGUUCGUGUACAAGGAGAUGAGUUCUGGCACAUGACCAAAGUCCUGAGGUUGACCACCAAUGACAGGGUGGAACUCUUCAAUGGUAAAGGAGGUCUAGUAGAAGGGUGCAUACAAAGAAUAGAUCGUGCCGGGCUUGAUUUUGAGGCGCUGGAAAGUCCCAAGCUAGUUCUUCCUCGAAAUACUCAGUGGCAAGUCUUUGCAGCAUUUGGUACGCUGAAGGGUGGUCGAGCUGACUGGCUUGUAGAGAAAUGCACAGAGCUUGGAGCACAUAGUGUGACUCCUCUGCUGACAGAGCGUUCUCCAUCAAUAUCCGAUAACCGAGUUGAUCGCUUACAGCGUGUUGUUUUAGCAGCAACUAAACAAAGUCAGCGACUGCAUGAGAUGAUUCUGAAUCCUCCAUUGAACAUUGAUGGGCUCUUACCUCUUGUUUCCCAGUCAAAGCUAUCUUUUUUGGCAACAGCAGAAGCUACACCGCUCGUUAGCACAAUAGCUUCAUAUAGGAACGAAGCGAGCGGAUUGAUAAUCGUGGGACCAGAAGGAGGUUAUGACGAAUCUUUUGUCGCACUUCUAUGGCUACAUAUACAUUCAUUUCACAGCGAAAGAGUUGGAUACGCUUAAGGAAACUGGUGCUAUUAGUGUUGGUCUUGGGCCACUGAGGCUGCGUGUUGAAACUGCUACAAUUGCACUUCUGGCCACUCUAAUGCUAUGGUCCGACUCUCAGCAACUGGCCAGUUCAUAAGUCGUCAUUUGCAUGUAAGCGUGCUGUUGGAGCUGCAACAUACAACUCUCACUACUUUUGUUGGUCUUAGUAUCUGGUUGAUGGUGGUACUGGUACAUGCUGUCCAUCAUUCAAACGAAUCGAGUUCAUUGGUUACCAGUAGAAGAAGGAAACUAAGCAUGGCAUGAUUAGAGCCACUGCAAGUCUGCAACGGCUUUUAUUUCCAAAAUAUUCCAUUGUGACCACGAAACAACUUUGUAGGGUAACGCAAAUUAUUGGAAUCCAUUUUCAAGUUCUCAUUCUACCACCUCAAUAGUUUUGAGUUUGACA